UUCAAUAACGGAACGGUUCUCAGCGAUGACAAGCAAAUUUGAAGAUUGAUGGACAUUAUUUUUGACAAAGGGACAAUAUUUCUCUUCUAAAACACGGACUUGUGCUCGUACAGUGUAUAUUUGAUACAGUUUUAGUAACAUACCAUUACAAUCUCCACGGAUGUUUCAGUUAUUUGGAAAUGUGCCCUGAAAUGGUCCGAUCGUUGCGCAGCUGGCUUCCUCCGCUGGCUCCGCUGUCCUCAUUGUGUUGCGUUUCUGUGGCCUUGAAGGUGGCUGGCUCCUGAGUCGUUUUACAGGAAGAGGCCCUGAGGGGCAAGAUAAAUUUUUACAGUUUGUGACUCUAAUUUGGCCAAGAUGUCUUCUCCAAGUGCAGGAAAGAAGAGGAUGGACACUGAUGUCAUUAAAUUAAUUGAGAGCAAGCAUGAAGUCACAAUCAUGGGAGGCUUGAAUGAAUUCUCAGUGAAGUUCUAUGGACCUAAGAACACUCCGUACGAGGGCGGCGUCUGGAGAGUGCGGGUCCACCUGCCUGAGCACUACCCGUUCAAAUCGCCCAGCAUCGGCUUCAUGAACAAGGUCUACCAUCCCAACAUCGACGAGAUGUCCGGCACCGUCUGUCUGGACGUCAUCAACCAGGCCUGGACGGCACUCUACGAUUUGUCCAACAUCUUCGAGUCUUUCCUGCCACAGCUGCUGACCUACCCGAAUCCGAUCGAUCCGCUCAACGGAGACGCGGCAGCCAUGUACAUGCACAAACCUGAAGAGUACAAGAAAAAAGUCAUGGAGUAUGUGCGCCGCUACGCCACCGAGGAGGCGCUGGCGCCCAUCGAGGCCGACGGCGCCGACGCGGCCUCUUCCAGCGACGCCAGCGAGUCGUCCAUGUCCGACUUCUCCGAGGACGAGGCGCGCGACAUGGAGCUAUAGCCCGCCGACCGUCCGCGCGCCGGGUCCGUCGGCUCCGGCCGCUCCGGCUCCGGCCCGAGGCCCCGCUCCGGAUCCAGUGCUGGUCACGACUCUAACGUCAGCCCCGGCCGCGACUCUGAUGCUGUGCCGGGCUCCAGUCCGGGCCACGACCCAGGUGGUGUAUCGGGCUCCGUUCACUGCGCUGCGACGCGCGAUGACCGUGAGCCCGAGCUUCUUGUGUCCGGUGUGGCGGGGUCUGGAGCUGGUCCAUCCAGUGCUGGGUCUGAAGCUGGCCUGUCCGCUACAGCCGAGCAUGAAUGUGGUCUGGCCAUCACAUCCGAGUCUAGACCUAGUGCCGAACCUGAAACUGGCCUGCAACACACAGUCGGACCUGGAGUCGGACCAUUCAGUGUCACCAGACCUGGCGUUGGUCCGCGCGACUCUAACGGACGCGGACCGGGCCGGGCCGGACCGGCGCGCGGUCCCGGUGCCCGCCCUACCUAUGGGACGGAGGGCGGUGCCAUAUCCAGUCGAGUGGCCCCGUCCCCAGUGAGGGAGAACACAGCGGCGGCUCGCUGGUCGCCGCCACACCCCUGAACACUGACAGAGAAACGCGCGUGGCGUAUUUUUACCGUAUAUAGAUGUGUGCGUAUGUGUGUCGCGUUGUGAGCUGCCGGGCGGCCGGGGCGAGUGUGGCCGCUCGGACCGCUCCAGGGACCGGCACCGGUCGCUCUGCUUGCCGUGUUUGUUACGUUUUAGUCGGCGGGACGGCGGGAGGACCGCCGGCGACCGCUGCGGUCCGCGAUCUCUUCUCAGCACUACCUUGCAUUGCUGUAGCGCCGCGCCGCCCCGCCGCCGUCGAUAAUUUUACGCUGCCGACCGCGCCCGCGAGAGUCAUAGGUCUGUGUGAAAUCGAUAAGUAUAUCGUGUGUUGAUGAGUUUUAUUGAAUAUUUUAGUUCGUUUGUUUGACUUACUCGCCACGCAAAAAGAGAUGUGGCGAAUGCCCCCGCUUUUUCAUCUGGUAGCUUUGUGUUGUGCACGCUAUCCCCGUUAUUCACUAUAUGUUCUCUCUUGUGUUUCACUAUGGCCGGGAUGCGCGAAAUGUCUACUACUGUCGGUUUGCUUCGUCGGUAGCCGGGUUUUACGUUCGGUUUAGUUGACUGGUUACGAGCGAUGCGGUGUUGUCCAUUGCUGGUGAGCCGCCCUGCGAGCAGAUACCAGCGCUCGCCGUGGGCUCGCUUGAAACUAGGAGUUGUCGCUUUCACCAGUAGCUGGCAGUGGUACCGGCUGCUCCUGUCUCCCGUGUACUGUACAUAGUGAUCUAGUGAUGUGUCAAUAAUUAGUAGGGCUGCCUGCUGCCCCGAGUGUCGCGCGCCGCGGUGUGUAGGUGUGCCGCAUUCGAUGGCAGUCAGGCUGCUGGAGGAGAGAGGGGAGAGGAGGGAGGGACAGAGGAGAGGAGGAGUGCGGUGGAUAGGACAGCUGAAGUCCCUGGCGUCGGUCGCCAACAGUUACCGAUCGAUAAGUCAACCUCGAGCUCACUACCGCUAGGACUGAAGAGCACGGAAACCACCCAUACCUCCGUCAUUGUGAGGGGCAGCCCAUGCGAAAAUACACAGACUCCUACU